AUGUUUCAUGCAGCGGAUUAUCAUCAAACAGAAGCUGAAACAAUUGCCUGGAUUGUGACGUUGGCUGUUGUGGGUGCCUUAGCAACUGUCAUAAACCUCUUGACACUGUACACGUUUCUCUCAGCUGCAGCGCUCAGAUCUCGUAAGCAUGUAAUGAUCAUGAACCUCGCUGCGGCUGACGCUUUGUUCGGAGUCACUGGAAUACCAGUUUACCUAGUUUAUCUAAUUCGACCACAGUUGACUUUGUUUUACGUAUGGGUGAUGGCGAGCAGGUUCUGCAAAGUAGCUUCACUUUUUACUCUCGGUGUCAUCGCAGUGGAAAGGAUGCAUGCCAUUGUAUGUCCUCUGCGGCACAAAACUCUCUCAAGGCUGGUCUUCAACAUCACCAUCGCAUCAAUUUGGAUUUGUGCAUCUGCAUUAACAGUGAGCGGGUUGGUUGUGCUUUUUCGUAACGUUGACAUUAUAACCUUUCUUUCACUUGCCUCUGUAUUUACUCCUGUUUUGACUAUUACUGUGGUGUUAGUCAUUGGUUCGUGUUACAUCUUCAUUUGGGUCUCCUACAAGCGUCGAAGAUUUCAUGCGAUCAAUCCUUCAACCAUUCGGGAACGUUCGUUGGCUCUCACGCUACUACUGGUCAGUGGUGCCUUCCUAGUCACGUGGUGUCCUCCCUUACUAUAUCUAUCAGUUAUUCCGAAUUGCAUAGACUGCAUCCAGCCUAAUAUACAAAUCUUAGACUGGUUUGUAUUGGUAUUUGGAAUUCAGUGUCUGGUUAACCCUGCCAUUUAUUGCUAUCGACUGCCUCUGUUUAAAGUCAGUUUGAAAGCGGUUAUCAAAAGAGUGUUUGUGAAGUGUUUCCAUCCGUGUUGCAAUACGGCACCCAAAAACUCUUCAAUUCGUCCCGGUGACCAAAAGGUUCAGGAACUACAAAAACAGCCAAAGGUUUAG